AUGUCAGAAGAUCCAAAUGAGAAAUGGAAGAAAAUUCUUUUGAAUCCUUAUGGUAAAAGCAAGGAUGAUGUUCAGAAUGAGAUUAGAGCGAUGCAUAAAGAAUAGCAAAUGAUUGACGAAGCAAUAACCAGAGAGGCUCUGUUAUAAACAAUAAAGGCAAAGAAGACAUAUCGAAAUUUAACAAAUCCCAAUACUAACGCUGAUAAAUCUAAAUAAGUGCCAGUGGAUGGUGAUUUGAAAAAAGGAGCACAAGUAUUUAUGCGUGCAUGUGCUUCUUGCCACUCUUUGGAGAUAUUCACAGGAAAACCAUAUGCAGCAGAUUUUUCAUUUUAAGAAUCCAGCGGUCCAUCUUUGGCUCAAAUAUAUAAUAAGCCAGCGGCUAGUUAGAGAGUAUAUGAAGAAUACACAAUGGCCUUAUUGGAUUCUAAAAUAUUUUGGAAUAGCUAUAAUCUAUUUAUGUGGGCUAAAGAUCCAUAAGCAAUGUGUAAAGGGACAAAAUGUUUGUAAAGAGGAGAACUAUUGGAGAGUGCAGAGGAAAGAGCUGACUUAGUAAAGUUUUUGAAAGGGUUUGCAAAGGCCACUUCAGAUUUGUAUAGAAGAUCAUUCACAAAGUAUCAUGGAUACGAAUGGUAGAAUUAUAGAGAAUAGGGACUGGCUAAAGCAAGAGAGGUUGCUCAUUAGAGAUAAGGAUAUGAACCAGAGAAGAAGUGA